AUGUCAACAAAUUCAUUUCACGACUAUAUGGAUCCAAAGUCGAGAAUAAACGCUCGACAGUUUUCAGAUGAUGAAGAAUUCACUACACCUCCAAAGCUAAGUAAUUUCGGAUCAGCUUUACUCUCCCAUACUGAAAAAACCUCCGUAUCACAGGAACUGUCAAAUAAAGAUGACAAGAUAACGAAACCUGUUUUUGAAGAAAUGAACAGAAGUUCCUCGAGGAGUCAUCCUCCAUCAUCAAUGGGUAAUUUAACGUCCGGCCACACUAGCACCUCUUCACAUUCAACUCUAUUUGGACGAUAUUUAAAAAACAACCAUCAAACAAGCAUGACAACGAUGAACACUAAUGAUAUAGAAAUAAAUGUUGGGAACAGCCUUGACAAGAGCUUUGAAAGAAUAAGAAGCUUACGACAAAAUAUGAAAGAAGAUAUUACUUCAAAAUAUACAGAAAGAAGAAGCAAACGAUUUCUAAUAUCCAAUAGAACAACGAAACUAGGACCUGCAAAGAGAGCCUCUACACUAACAAGCAUUUUUGAUGAUGUGCCUAACUCUUCUAGCCAACUAAUUAGCAACUUAAGAGAGACAACAGAAUCACCACUUGACGACCCUUCGGAAACAGAAUUUAGAGAAACGAAGAAGAAUUCGGACUACGAAUCGAUAAAUUUUGGAGACUUAAAUCCGAUACAAUACAUUAAAAAACACAAUCUACCGACUAGUGACCUUCCAAUGAUAUCUCAAAUUUACUUUGACAAACAAAGAGAAGAGAACAGACAAGCGGCGCUUCGAAAACAUAGCUCCCGAGAACUGCUCUCUAAAACUAGAUCAUCUUCCACUCCCCUUGCCAGCAGUAACUCAUUGGUCAAUAAGGACCAUUCUAUAACGUCUAAUAAUAAUUCUCAACCAAGACGAAAGAUAUCUACUGGCUCAUCUUCUUCGAAAUCAUCAAUUGAAAUAAGAAAAGUUCUCAAAGAAAAUAUUGAUGCUGAUAAUUAUAGUAACCUGAAGAGCCCGGUUCACAAAAUUUACAAGGAAACUUCAGGAUACAAAGGUUCAGAUUCUGAAAAGAGAGAAGUACUGCGCAAUAUAAGUAUAAAUACGAGUCAUGCCGAUAGCGCACUUCAACAGGAUAACAAGAGACUAAAACGAUCACUUGACGAUGCCAUCAUACAUGACAAUGAAAACAUAAAGAACCAGGAAGUAUUUUAUCACAGGCCAGCUCCAAAACCACCUGUUACUAAAAAAGUUGAAAUUGUGGAGCCUAUUAAAUCAGCCUCCUUAUCAAAUAGUAGGAGUGUAAUUACAGUUAAUGACUCUCAAUAUGAAAAAAUAGAAUUACUCGGUAGAGGCGGAUCUUCCAGAGUUUAUAAGGUGAAAGGAGCGGGCAAUAAGGUAUACGCGCUAAAGAGAGUCUCUUUCGAUGCAUUUGAUGAUUCAAGUAUUGAUGGAUUCAAAGGAGAAAUAGAACUAUUGGAAAAAUUGAAAGACCAAAAACGUGUGAUUCAACUAGUUGAUUACGAGAUGGGAGAUGGCUUAUUGUAUUUGAUAAUGGAAUGCGGUGAUCACGACCUAUCGCAGAUUCUUAAUCAAAGAAGUAAUAUGCCCCUGGAUUUCAAUUUUGUUAGGUUUUAUGCAAAGGAAAUGUUACAAUGCAUCAAAGUAGUCCACGAUGCUGGUAUUGUUCAUUCUGAUUUGAAACCCGCAAAUUUUGUCUUAGUAAAGGGCAUUUUGAAAAUUAUUGAUUUUGGUAUAGCUAAUGCAGUUCCUGAACAUACAGUAAACAUAUACCGUGAGACUCAGAUCGGUACACCAAAUUAUAUGGCGCCAGAGGCACUGGUUGCCAUGAAUUACACACAAAACAAUGAAAAUCGCCAGGAAGGAAAUAAAUGGAAAGUCGGAAGACCUUCGGAUAUGUGGUCAUGUGGUUGCAUCGUAUAUCAAAUGAUUUACGGGAAACCCCCGUAUGGUAGCUUUCAAGGCCAAAACAGAUUGUUGGCUAUUAUGAAUCCUGAUGUAAAAAUUCCAUUUCCUGACCAUACCAGUGACAAUGAGAGGAUUCCAAAGUCUGCCAUUGAGUUAAUGAAGGCAUGCUUGUAUAGAAAUCCAGAUAAAAGAUGGACUGUGGAUAAAGUGUUGAGUUGUACUUUCCUCCAACCUUUUAUGAUAUCUGGAUCGAUMAUGGAAGACUUGAUUAGGAACGCUGUUAGAUACGGUUCUGAGAAACCUCAAAUAUCGCACGAUGAUCUUAAUGAUGUCGUAGAGACUGUUCUAAGGAAGUUUGCGGAUUACAAAAUCUAA